ACAUUCCUGCAUUCUCAUCCCUGCGAGCGCGAGUGCGCGUGUGUGUGAGAGAGAGGGACGCAGGCUAAUAUCUCCCUCCCGGACACGUCACUGUCCACGGGAAACACUCAUGAUCGGGCGGAUUUAGCCCCGGAGGACACCCGGCGACCCCCGCAGGCCCGAUCGCAGAUCUCGGCUCCCCUCCCUCCCUCCCUCCCCCCACUGGGCUGGUUGCCAUGGAGAGCUCAUCGGUAGCGUCAGCGUCAUCAGAGGCGGGAAGCACGCGCUCGCAAGAGAUCGAGGAGCUGGAGCGCUUCAUCGACAGCUACGUGCUGGAGUACCAGGUGCAGGGACUCCUGAGCGACAAAAACGAAACUGACCAGGAUGUGGACAAGACCCCGUCCCACACCUCACAGUGGACAGUAGACUGCAGUGAUAAGAUUGACGGGAGCUGGUCAUCCUCACGGGGCAGGGGCUCAUCAAAACCAGAUGAUUGGGAGCACAGCAGUAAUGGCAGCACUGGUUCUAGACCCAGUUCAGGUUCUCGACCCGGUUCUGGUUCUAGAUCAGGCAGCAGAGGACGAAACAACCAGUUCAGACCCCCAGCAAAGAAUGGAAACAGAGACUGUUCUUUCGAUGUUCUGGGGACGGACAUUUGGGCUGCAAACCUGGACUGUCAUGGAGGCGCUACGUGGGACAUGCAGCCGGAGAAACUGGAUUUCUCUCAGUUUCACAGGAGGCCGUACAGAGGGACACCGAAACAGCUCCCGCACAUCGACCGAGAAGGGAUGAUGAAGGGCAAACUCGACGAUGAUGAUGGUAUUGACCUGGACAACAUGGAGAAAUUCCUGCCGCAUAUAUAUAGUUAUGCUCCCCAUCCUAAUCAAAAUGAAACCGAAAACGCACACACGAAAAAACUGUUUCGCCGCCGCAGAAAUGACCGCCGCCGAUCCGAUCCGCCCCAGGUCCAGCUGAUGGUGCUACUGCCGGCCGAGGGGAAGCGGCAAGUGUCCAGGAGACAGCAGCGCCUGCCUGGAGGAGGAGGAGGGGCUGCUGGGAAAUCCCAGAAUCCUCUGCAGCAGCAGCAGCAACAGUUGCCCAAUCAGAUGCAGCAGCCCAACGCAGACCACCAAUCAGGUGCCGGCACUAAGCAGGGGGGGCGGGGUUACCAGGGGCAGCAGAACCAGGGCGGGCGGCAGGGCGGCCCGCAUCACGGCUACAGCCAGAACCGCCGCUGGCAUCAGCAUCCCAAACACCAGACGAACAGUUUCAAUCUGGGGCCCUCAGGGGCCGACAGGGGCCUCACACACAAUACCAAAGAAACAGAGAAUGUUAAACACGAGGAGCCAGAGCCCCACGUAGAGAAAAGAGUGAAGGAUGAACCUGCAAAAGAGGAGAGAAAGAAAGUAGACAAGGAGGAGAAGACGGAUAGUGGGAAGAUCUGUUUACUGCAGUCGUCAAAAGAGAGACUGAGGAGGAGAUUGAAAGAGAAGGAGGAAGUUACCGUGGCGACGGCCGGACCUCAGCGGAACCGGAUGGACAGAUUGUUAGAGAUCCUGAACAGCAUGAGGAAUAACAGCAGCGGCGUGGAGAAUCAGCUCACCACGUUCAUGGUGGAAGCGCAGAAUUCGGCCGACUCGGAGGAGACGCUGAACGAGAUCGUCCACACCAUUUACCGCAAGGCCGUCAGCGACCGAAGUUUUGCAGCCACGGCAGCCAAACUCUGUGACAAGAUGGCUCUGUUCAUGGUGGAAGGAACCAAAUUCCGCUCGCUGUUACUCAACAUGUUACAGAGGGACUUCACGCGGCGCGAGGAGCUGCAGCAGACAGAUGUGGAGUGCUGGCUGGGCUUCAUCACGUUUCUGUGUGAAGUGUUCGGCACCAUGAGGAGCAGUGCUGGAGAGCCGUUCAGAGUGCUGGUCUGCCCCAUAUACUCCUGUCUGAGAGAGCUCCUGGAGUCUCCGGAGGUGAAGGAGGACGCUGUGCUCUGCUGUUCGAUGGAGCUCCAGAGCACCGGCCGGUUAUUGGAGGAGCAGCUUCCCGAAAUGAUGACGGAGCUGCUGGCGGCCGUGCGGGAUAAGAUGUUGUGUCCGUCUGAGUCUCAGCUGACGCGCUCGCUCCUGAUGGAGGUCAUUGAGCUCCACGCUCACCACUGGAGCCCGCUGGAGGCGCUGACCACCGCUUACUACAACAGAACCAUCCAGAAGCCAAACGCACCACUCAAACCCACCACCACAUCCAACCACAACACCAAACCACAACACUACCAACCAGAAACUCAUCAGGAGACAAACAAACACGGAAACGAACCACUAGAGGCCACGGACACACUGCAACACACACAAGCGUUCUGUGAUAGGAGGAUAUAA